AUGGCGAAAUGCGGCCAGGAUACAAUAGGGUCGAUCCUGCUGGAGAACGCCGGUGGAGGUGGCGGGUUCCGCCUGUGGGCGAUCAUUUCCCCCCGGGCGGCGUUCGGGAGGAAGCUCGUGAACGGCCUGGUCUGCGGCGGCGGUUUCGGAGCGCGAGCUCCGACGAGGAAGAAGAGGCCGAUCGGUGCUCCGUCUCCUCCCAGUGAAGCCGGAUCGGAGCGGCUGUCGGAGCUGCUGAAGGCGGAGAUGUCGUCGGAGUCCGAAUCAGAGGAGGAGGAUGCAGCCCCUGAGGAGGUUCAGAGAGCUGUCGAGAGGCUGCGAGAGGGAGAUCGGGGGAGGGAGGCGGCGGCGGAAGUGAGGAGGCUGGCCAAGGACGAUCCGGCGGCGAGGGAGAGCUUAGGGAGGCUCGGCGCGAUCCCUUUCCUGGUCGGCAUGCUCAGUUGUGUGGACGUGCAUCUGCAAGUGGAAUCCCUCUACGCUCUCCUCAAUCUCGGCAUCGCCAAUCUCCAGUAAACACCUGCUCUGGUUCUUCUCCCUGUCUCUUUCCGUUCUCCCUGCUAAAUUUACCGAACUGGUUCCAUCUUCUUCUUCUUCUUGUUCCUCCUCCUCCUCAUCAUCUUCUUCUUCUUCUUUCUCCUCCUCCUCAUCAUCAACAUCAUCUUCUUCUCCUUCUUUCUUCUCCUCUUCAUCAUCUUCUUCGUUUUCUUCUUCUUCUUCCAGGAACAAGGCGGCUAUAGUAUCAUCGGGAGCCCUGCACAAGAUGCUGGCCCUCGUCGGCGACGGGGGAGCUCCUCCGCCUGUGGCGGCGGCCGUCGCCGCCAAUCUCCUCGCCCUGAGCGCUCCCGACUCCAACAAGCCCCUCAUCGGCUCCUCCGCCGCCAUCCCCUUCCUCCUCCACACCUUCCGCCACGCCGCCGGGCAGCCCAGAGAAGACGCCCUCCGCGCCCUCUUCAACCUCUCCAUCGCCGCCGUGAACCUCCCCACCCUCGUCGCCGCCGGCCUCGUCCCCGAACUCCUCGACGCCGCCGUCAACGUCGACCACCCGGAGCUCACAGAGCGAGCACUCGCCGUCCUCUGCAACGUUGUCUCCUCGCCGGAGGGGAGGGCGGCGGUAGGCCGCUCGCCGGCGGCGUUCCAGACCCUGGCGGAGGUUCUCGGCUGGUCCGACGCCCCCCGUUGCCAGGAGCUGGCGGCGCAAAUCCUCACGGUGAUGGCUUACAAGGAGUACGAAGCGAGGGCGGCGAUGGCGGCGGAGGGAAUCGUCUCCUCCCUGUUGGAGCUCACCCUGCUGGGCUCUGACGAGGCGCAGAAGAGGGCGUCGAGAAUUCUGCAAUUCCUGAUCGUCGGCGACAAGGCGAAGAAGCCCUCGGCGGCGGUGUCUGCGCCGCUGUCGAAGGAGGAGGGAAGGUCGCCGGAGGAGGAGGAGAUGAGUGAGGAGAGGAAGGCGGUGAAGAAGCUGGUGAAGCAGAGCUUGCAGAGCAACAUGAGGCGGAUCGUGCGCAGGGCGAACCUUCCGCAGGAUUUCUCUCCGUCAGAGAAGACGAAGUCCCUCGUCGUCGCCGGCGGCGGCGGCUCCUCCUCCUCCAAGAGUCUACCCGUCUGGAGCGCCGCCGAGCUCAGAGGAAAGCCCUGGUUGUCUCUCUCCUCCCUCCCAUAG